GGGCGGGAGGAAGAGGGGCCGGACUGGGGCCUGACGAGCCGUAGCUGUUGCCGCCGUCUUCGCGGCUGCUAUGACCAGCGGGCGAGGCGCCUCCUGCAGCUCCGCGCGGCCCUAGUCGCGGCAGUGCGGCCGCCGUAGCCGUCUGGGUCCCCAGCGCGGCCGCUCCCGCGGCUCCCUCGGCCCUUCCAGCGCCGCCUGCGAGGCGAGGCAGAGGCACGAUGAAGAUGACGGUGGAUUUCGAGGAGUGUCUGAAGGACUCGCCCCGCUUCAGAGCUGCCUUGGAAGAAGUAGAAGGAGAUGUGGCAGAAUUGGAACUAAAACUUGAUAAGCUUGUGAAGCUUUGUAUUGCGAUGAUUGAUACCGGAAAAGCCUUUUGUGUUGCAAAUAAACAAUUCAUGAAUGGGAUUCGAGACCUGGCACAGUAUUCUAGUAAUGAUGCUGUAGUUGAGUGUUUUAUGUUACUACAUAGACUUGACCUUUCUACAGAGCAUGCCCAUGAGACCAGUUUGACCAAGUUUUCUGACAGUCUUCAAGAAAUGAUAAAUUUUCACACAAUCCUAUUUGACCAAACUCAGAGAUCAAUUAAGGCACAGCUUCAGAACUUUGUUAAAGAAGAUCUCAGGAAAUUCAAAGAUGCCAAGAAGCAAUUUGAAAAAGUCAGUGAAGAAAAAGAAAAUGCAUUAGUAAAAAAUGCUCAAGUACAAAGAAACAAACAGCAUGAAGUUGAAGAAGCCACAAACAUUUUGACGGCAACAAGAAAAUGUUUUCGACACAUAGCCCUUGACUACGUACUUCAGAUUAAUGUCCUUCAAUCAAAAAGGAGAUCAGAAAUCCUAAAAUCAAUGUUAUCCUUCAUGUAUGCCCAUUUGGCCUUCUUUCAUCAAGGAUAUGAUCUGUUUAGUGAACUUGGACCCUACAUGAAGGAUCUUGGUGCACAGUUGGAUCGACUGGUUGUGGAUGCAGCAAAGGAGAAAAGAGAGAUGGAGCAAAAACAUUCAACCAUUCAGCAAAAGGCUGCAUUACAGGAUUUCUCCAGUGAUGAUUCUAAGUUAGAAUAUAAUGUAGAUGCUGCAAAUGGCAUUGUUAUGGAAGGAUAUCUGUUCAAACGAGCCAGCAAUGCCUUCAAAACUUGGAACAGGAAAAAGCCCGAUCAUAUCAGACGCUGGUUUUCAAUACAGAACAAUCAGUUGGUUUACCAGAAAAAGUUCAAGGAUAACCCCACUGUGGUAGUGGAAGAUCUCCGGCUCUGCACAGUGAAGCAUUGUGAAGACAUAGAACGACGAUUCUGCUUUGAGGUGGUCUCUCCAACAAAAAGCUGUAUGCUUCAGGCGGAUUCUGAAAAGCUGCGCCAGGCAUGGAUUAAAGCUGUUCAGACCAGUAUCGCUACUGCUUAUAGAGAGAAGGGUGAUGAAUCAGAGAAGCUGGAUAAGAAAUCAUCUCCAUCCACAGGAAGCCUGGAUUCUGCAAAUGAGUCAAAAGACAAAUUGCUGAAAGGAGAAAGUGCGCUGCAGCGAGUCCAGUGCAUCCCUGGCAAUGCCAGCUGCUGUGACUGUGGUCUGGCAGACCCGCGGUGGGCCAGCAUCAACCUGGGCAUCACCCUGUGUAUCGAGUGUUCUGGGAUUCACCGGAGUCUUGGAGUUCAUUUUUCAAAAGUACGUUCUUUAACUUUAGACACCUGGGAACCUGAACUUUUAAAGCUUAUGUGUGAGUUGGGGAAUGAUGUUAUAAAUCGAGUUUAUGAAGCUAAAGUGGAAAAAAUGGGAAUAAAGAAACCACAACCAGGACAAAGACAGGAGAAAGAGGCAUAUAUCAGAGCAAAAUAUGUGGAGAGGAAAUUUGUGGAUAAAUAUUCUAUGUCAUCAUCACCUCCUGAGCAGGAAAAAAAGAUUAUCUCCAAAAGUUGUGAAGAAAAGAGGCUGAGCAUUUCUAAACUUGGGCCAGGUGACCAACUCAGAGCAUCUCUCCAAAGUUCAGUGGUUGCUGUAAAUAGCGACGAGGCCAGGCGGGAGUCUCUGUUCUGUCCUGAUGAGCUAGAUUCACUCUUCUCCUACUUUGAUACUUCUUCAAAACUACGUAGUAUUAAAAGUAAUGACAGUGGAAUCCAGCAGAGCUCUGAUGAUGGAAGAGAAUCUUUACCCUCUACAGUGUCAGCCAAUAGUUUAUAUGAGCCUGAGGGAGAAAGGCAGGAUUCAUCUGUGUUUCUUGACUCCAAACAUCUUAAUCCAGGACUCCAGCUUUAUAGGGCUUCGUAUGAAAAAAAUCUUCCUAAAAUGGCUGAGGCUUUGGCUCAUGGUGCAGAUGUGAACUGGGCUAAUUCAGAGGAAAACAAAGCAACACCACUUAUUCAGGCUGUAUUAGGGGGCUCAUUGGUGACGUGCGAGUUUCUUCUGCAGAAUGGUGCUAAUGUGAACCAAAGAGAUGUACAAGGGCGGGGACCACUGCACCAUGCCACCGUCUUAGGGCACACGGGGCAAGUAUGUUUAUUCCUAAAACGAGGUGCCAAUCAACAUGCCACUGAUGAAGAAGGGAAAGACCCUUUGAGUAUAGCUGUGGAAGCAGCCAACGCUGAUAUAGUGACCUUGUUACGUUUAGCAAGAAUGAAUGAAGAGAUGCGGGAAUCAGAAGGACUUUAUGGACAGCCAGGUGAUGAAACUUACCAGGACAUUUUUCGUGAUUUUUCCCAAAUGGCAUCCAAUAAUCCAGAGAAACUAAAUCGUUUCCAGCAAGAUUCACAGAAAUUCUGAAUUUUUUUAAUAAGGAGAAAAUAUUAAAUCUUUUGACCCCCUAAUGUAUACAUCUGAAAAUUGACAAAUUUUUACUGCUUUAAUUCUGCUUCUUAAUUUUAGUAGAUAUUGAGUGGUUUAGAAAAAAGGUACCCAUUUAUUGAUAUUUUUAUAAAUUAAAACAUUGAUCUGUAGUAGUUGGGAGAGGAACCUACCUUAGGACCUCUUUUAUUAAAAAAAAAAAAAGCCUGUUUAAAGGGCCAUUUUUUUAGGUGACAAGAUGUUAAGAGUUUAGACAAAACCUCUUUUAUUGCCAGUGAAGUAGCAUUGAUGUUUUUCCAUGCAUCGUCCCAGGAUCGUUCAGUCUAGCAUGUCUGCAUCAAGUGGAAGCUGACUGUCCUGCCUGCUCGAGAAUAUGUCUUUUCUUUAGCUUCCCUAAUGAUUUUGGUGGUUCAGAAAUAGUUUUUUCGCUGUCUUGGUAGCCUAGCUAUCAUACCCACAGUAUGUAAUUUAAUUAUUAGAACUAGAGAAUAUGUUUCCCCCAUUUGCUCAUAAAUGCAGUUGUACUUCUUACAUGUCUGGUUAUUGGCCAGUACUUUAACAGGCGUAUAAUGGCUCUAUAGGUAGACAUAACUCAGUCCUUUAGAUUUGUUCCAGUUUAUAAAGCAAAAAGAAACCCUUAAUCUUUUUUAAUCACCAAAAGAAUCUCAGUUAUAGAAGUUGUAAUUCUUCGUUGUUGGGCUGAUUUCCUAAAACCUUGACAAAUUUAUUGAUGUUAUAAAACUCUGUUUCAGAGGUUACUUGAAUGUUGCAAAAUUAUGCUUUCAUCAGAUUGUAACUUUUAAAGGAGAAGUUGAUUUAUAAAAUAAUGUAGAGCAUUUUUAUAUUUGAAAUUUGUUCUUUUCAGGAUACCUUUUUGCUAUUGCUCCUAGUUGAGAGAAAAAUCUCUCUAAAAGGAGGAAACAACUCAUGUUUUUCUUAAUUUAUACUAAAAUAUACAGCAGUAAAUUACUUUUUAACUUUUCCAACAUCUGUCCUGUGUACUUGUUAUACACAGUGUACAUUGUCUUAAAUUAUAGCAUCUCUAUAGCUUUAAUAUUUGGUUACAUGAAUCAUAGAGCCUUGAAUUCCAAAAUAUUAUGGAUAUACUAAUUUACAUGUAUAUGCUACAAAUUAGUCUGAUUCUAUCUUUGAUUGACGUAUCUUCUUAGAGUAUAAAAUAAGUAAUUUGCCUUAUGGUUUCUUUCUAAUAUAGUCAACAAUUAAAUUUAAUCUUUUACAAGUUACAUGUAAGUAAAUAUUAUUGAUACUCAGUUUCUAAAUAAGAGAAAUUUUUAAACUUGAGUUAUGAAAGAAGUGGAGAAAUUAUAUUUAAUUGGGUAGAUAAUAAAUUUUGUAACAUUUACCCCCCAAUAACUAGAAUUUUAUAAGUUGAUUAAAUGGCAAAACAGAUCUAUCUAAAUAGGAAUUAUACUGAAAUAAAUUCACAUCACAGAAAGUCUUCCAUAUUUGUUUGGCCAAAUUGCAUGCAUAUAAUGCUUAUUUAGUAAUAAUCACUGUAUAUUAGAUAAGGAUAAAAAUAUAUUUAUGAACUAUUUCUAAGAAAAUGCUAACUUCCAAAGCCUUGUAUUUUAAUUACAAUAAUAAGAGGAACAUUAAAUCUUUCAUGUUUCACCUCAGAGUCACAGAUCAUCCAGCUUUGCAAAAAUCUGAUUCAUAACAUUUUUAUUAGAGUGUACUUUGAAAUUAAUUAUCCAAAAAGCUCAAGGAUAAGAAAAUAUGUCGAAAAUGAACAAAUAAACAGAAAGAAAGAAAAAGAAAAGAAAAGAGAAGCCGCACUUUUCCUUUGUAGUGCCUAUUCCUGUUUUAAUUCUAGGCUUCUCUCCUAAAGCUCCUCACCUUUAUCUGAGGAGGCCUAAGCAGUUUUUCUUUUGGAUCCAACUGUUGGUGCUUCAGCUCACCUCUGAGAUCUCUGGUUGUGAAGGCAAUUCUUUAUAGCGCUCUUACCUCCUAUAGCUUGAGUUAGGAGUUGUAAUGUGGCGGUCAUUAGUGUCCACUUAAAUGUAAUGGUUAGAGUCUGUAAUUGAAGUGCACUAAAGAUGAUCAUGGUCCUGAAUAUCUUCAGAGAAAGCAAAAUCUUUAACAGAAAGGGAGCCUGGCAAUACAAAAAUACAUUUCUGUGGCUUGGUUUGUUGAAUAUAUUGAGACCCAAUUUGCAUUAAAUUUGGUGGAAAUGAUACAGUAAACAGCAAGGCUUUAAAGUAAAUUAAUAGGUACAAGUAGUUACAAAGUAGGUUGGCUCUUACCAAGAAGAAUUUAGCUGUGUCAACUAAUAGCUUUUCUAUAGUGUGUAACAAAUCUGAGUGUUGUUAUGCUGUGAAUUAUUCAAUGCAUUAUGAGAAAUUAUAUUGUAAGCAAUGUUAAUCAUACUCUUGGGCUUCAUAAGUCGAUGUGAUUGCUCUUUGUUUUCUUUCCUUAACUGAUUCGCUGAUUUUAGUUUCUGAUUCCUUUUCAUCAUUCUUUUAGCUCAGUAUCAUUAGCUCAUUGACUUAAAAGUUAGAUUAAUAUCAAAGAAUAGCAGUGCUAUGAGAAGUUCAUAAAAUACAGUUUCACGUUAGAACUAGACUAAAAGUAAUUGAGUAGUUAUUUGCACUUUUUCGUUGUAACACUUAUAUGUUUAAGAUUUCUGAGGUUUUAAAAAUUACUUUUGGUACAAUCCUUAGAAAUUCAGAAAUUUCCAGGGAUUCACUACAUUACAGUGUUUGCCUAAUUUAUACUAGUCUUCACUGUGGAUUUUAAUGAACUUUGGUGUUUACUUUCCAAAACAUAUAGAUUUAAUUUGGAAUAUGUACUUGGUUCUUCAUGUGUGCAUUUUGGAAAAAAACUUAUACUUUCAUAGUCUGGAAAACUUAAGUUUGUGAUAUGUUAAGCAGUAUUUUACAAAUAUGAUUUUACACAUGUAUGGUCACAAUAAACCAAAUUAUAUUUAGACUAAUUAUAUUUAGAAUAAUAAGACAUUCCCAUAUCACUCAUAUUGUGAAAUUAACCUCUCUGAUAGCAGUUUUGACUAUGGACAUGAGCUGGAAAAAUGAUAUAUUUUUAUAGAAUUGUAUAUCCAGAAUGACUUUAGACCUGCAUGAUAUCGUGGAAAACGCACUGACUAGUAGUUACUGCUCCUUUUGGAUUCACAGCUCCUCACAAAUCAAACGAGUGGAUGAGACGAGGAGAAACUGUAGCAAGAUCCCUUUGUGUGCUCUUCUGCUGCUCACGGUGCCCUCCAGAAAACAGCACUGUGACACGCUACUUUAUCACCCUGAUUCUCACAGUAAACUUCUGAGAGCUUAGUCUAAGAGCGCCAACACUGUCCUUUCUUUGAUCCUGGGCUGGUCCUCUUGUUUUACAGAGGGGGUCACUGGUUUGCUAGUUGAUAGCAGAGCUGAACGAGAACCACUGUCUGACUGACUGCUGGUCAGGGGCAGUUUACUUGUAUCAUGAAAUGAUUUGAAAUCAUUGUAAAGCAGCAAAACCUGAUAAUGACUGCCAGCUUUCCCUGUGUUUUGAUAACAAAGACUCUAAAUAUUUUGGAGAACCUGGGUAUAAAAUUACCUUGAAGGAAUAGAUUAGGAUUUGAAGACAUUAAAUUAUACAUUUUUGCAAUAACAAACAUUAAUGAAAGCAAAACAUUAUAAAGGUAAUUUUAAUUCACCAUAUACUUAUGAAUCUCUUGAUGCUUCCAAAUGAAUGAUAACUAAAACGGGCUUGGAUUUAGUUUGGCUGAGUCCUGACAUCUAUAAAUAUGGUUUUGUGGACAUCCUUUUCUGUUUACAUAGAUUUGUCUACUUAAAAUAAGAUAAUGAGGGGAAGGAAGCAAGGUUUGAUUAAGUAAACUUUUCUCUGCAUUGAUCUUUUCACUAUCUUAUGUUCUAAAUUUUCUCGUUUUUCCUCCACACCCCUCCCCACCUUUUGGGUGUUCAUUUUAAACAGGGAAAGCUUGCUACAUCAUAAAGAUUGUUGGCACCAUUUAUUUUACACAAAGGCUUAAAAGGUUAACUUGGAAAUGAUGAGCUACUUUUCUUUAUGUGUUUACCUGUGCUUUGUGGUAUUUCUGGAUCAUUCCAGUCAUAAAGACUUAUUACAUGUAAUAUUUCUUGCUACCUGUGAAAAGGUAUAUUUUAAAGAAUGUAUAACCAACUCUCCAUUUACUUUUUAUUAGUAUGUAGAGAAUUUGUAUCUAUUCGUGAACGUAGUUUUACCGUAGUUUGUCAUUGUAAAUGGAGCAAGUACAUUAUCUUUAUAGUUAUUCUAAAAUGUACAUUAUGUAAGAAUUGUAAAUAUUAUACUUGAUUAAAUACUUUGUAUGCUGAAAAAUUAUGAUAAUGAGUCAAUAAAAAUCUCACCUGGCAUAAUUCC